CAUCUGUUGCAAAACGAUACGAAAGAAAGUUUUAUACCUCUUAUCUACUGUCAAUCCUUAAAGCAUUGGAUUAACUCAUCGUCACCUACUUAAGACAUAUGCUGACUCAGAUAGUCCACUUUGACUGAUAUGGUGAGCUUGCCUCGCCUUACUGGCGCUCUUCGAGUGUUCACCAGUGUUUCGGCCAGUGAGGUUCCGGGGGCGAGAGGUAAUGAUGACCUGGCACAGCGGAGGCUGCUGUCAGCAGAGAAAGAAAACAAGGGAGGUCACUCCUGGCAAGAUGUGGUGACUCUACUGGAGAAGCGUGGAGAUGUAGAAACUAAAGAGUCAUCUCCUGUCCUCAAACAACUGAUUGCCUGCGCUAGAUCUAUUGUCGGUAAUGAAGCAUCCUCCGACAUCGUGGAGGGGGCUGCAGCUUACCUGUUUGAAAUUUUCAAGUUUGCGGAGAGUGUUGGUCAGAGAGAGACCACAACACUGAGAAGCAUCUUUGGCCCAUUCCCAGCCACCGCAGCAACCAAAGCAUGUGAGCUGGUCUCCCGGAUCGUGUCGUGGUUGCCAGGAGGCGUCCUCCUGGAGGAGCGAUUUCCACCGGUCGAGAGGAAGCAGACGGGCAGCCAUUAUCCAAAAUUAGGAAAAAUAUCAAAUUCUUAACUCAACGUUAGAUCGAGAAGAAAGAGUUAUCCAAGCUCAGAAUCUGAAGAUGAAGUGGAAGAGAAAAAUGUGGAUUUGAAAUAUAAUGCGAAGCCAGUGUUAGGAAAGAAGGUACCAGACGGCGGAGCUGCGAGACUGGAGGACAGGUGCGACUCAUCAUGGCUGCUGGAGGAAGUGAGGAAGUACUUCUCCUCCUCUGGGGAAACGGACAUUGGGCUUAGUCUAGAGGACCUCUCCACCACCAUCUUCGAGGUUCUUUGUUCCACCAAGACGGACGAGGAGUUACAGAAUGAGCUAUUUGAGCUUCUUGGUUUUGACCGUUUUGAGAUGAUUCAAAGCCUGCUGUCGAACAGGAGUCGCCUGAUGAAGACCCUUGUUGCUGACACUAACAGAGCAGCUAUAGCACAAGUACAGGCCCAGCGAAAGAAAGAAGUGGAAAGACCAACCUAUGGUUGCCAGGUUACAAUACAGUCAGAGGAAGAGAAGCAGCUGAUGAAGCAGAUACGUAGGGAGGAGAAGAAACUGUCCAAGCGGGACGGGAAGAAAGUGGAGGAAGAGGGGAAGAAAGCCUUCAACCCUAUAGAGAUGCGUGCCCAGAGGGAGGCGGCGCUGCAGGUGGCCUCCAACCGUCCGCUGUUCACAGGCAGCAGCAAGUCCUACCAGCGAGAGAGAUACCCAUUUGUGUUUGACUCUUAUGAGGAGGCAAGACAGUCGUCAGCAUAUGUUGGAGGGAACAAGAUGGUGCUGCCCCAAGGAUUCAACCGCAAUGACAACAAGGACUAUGAGGAGGUGUCUGUUCCCCCCAAUGAAUCCGCCCCCAUAGAUGUGGGGCAGAGACUUGUACCUGUCAACGAGCUGGAUGAGAUUGGACAGCUGGCAUUCCGGGGAAUGAAGAACUUGAACCGCAUCCAAUCUGUGGUGUUCGAAGCUGCCUUCAAGACCAAUGAAAACCUGCUGAUCUGUGCCCCAACUGGCGCCGGUAAAACCAACAUUGCCAUGUUAACCAUCCUGCAUGAGCUGAAUCUGCACCUGUCUCAGGGCGUCAUCAAGAAAGAUGAGUUCAAGAUUGUGUAUGUCGCUCCAAUGAAAGCUCUGGCAGCAGAGAUGGUGCGAAACUUUGGUGGCCGCCUGGAGCCACUAGGCAUCACAGUACGGGAACUGACAGGGGACAUGUCCCUCACAAAGGCCGAGAUCCUGAAAACACAGAUGCUGGUGACGACCCCAGAAAAGUGGGAUGUGGUGACAAGGAAGAGUACAGGUGAUGUGGCCCUGGCUCAGCUUGUGAAGCUGCUCAUCAUUGACGAGGUUCACCUGCUUCACGACGACCGUGGUCCAGUCAUCGAGAGUCUAGUGGCCAGGACCAUCCGACAGGUGGAGAGUACACAGAGUAUGAUCCGUAUCGUGGGACUGUCGGCAACACUGCCCAACUACAUCGACGUGGCCAGGUUCCUCAAUGUUAACCCCUACCUUGGACUCUUCUUCUUCGAUGGAAGGUUCAGACCUGUGCCCCUCGGCCAGACCUUCAUAGGUGUAAAGGCCACCAACCGAGUGCAGCAGAUGAUGGAGUUCAACAACGUCUGCUAUGAGAAGGUGGUGGCCCAGGUCAAGGCCGGCUACCAGGUGAUGGUGUUCGUCCACGCCCGUAAUGAGACAGUGCGGACAGCCAUGAUGUUGCGAGACUACUCCAAGAACAGAGGUCAAUCCCAGCUGUUCCUCGCUGACCAGGAUCGUUCAUAUGGCGAGGCUCAGAAGAAUUUGCAGAGGUCACGGAACAAGCAGUUGAAGGAUCUGUUCCCGGACGGCUUCAGCAUGCAUCAUGCCGGGAUGCUGCGCCAGGACCGAAACCUGGUAGAGCGGUACUUCAGUGGUGGCCACAUCAAGGUGUUGGUGUGUACAGCAACCCUGGCCUGGGGUGUCAAUCUGCCCGCCCAUGCUGUCAUCAUCAAGGGCACGCAACUGUACGAUGCGAAGCGAGGCUCCUUCGUGGACCUGGGCAUCCUUGACGUGAUGCAGAUAUUCGGUCGUGCUGGUCGGCCCCAGUUUGACAAGUUUGGUCAUGGCACAAUCAUCACAACCCACGACAAGCUGAGCCACUAUCUCUCCCUGAUGACAAGACAGAAUCCAAUUGAGAGCCAGUUCAUCAACAGCCUCACAGACAAUCUGAAUGCUGAGGUUGCACUCGGUACAGUAACCAACAUGGAGGAGGCCGUCAAGUGGCUCAGCUACACAUACCUGUACGUCCGGAUGAGGAUCAACCCUCUGGCUUACGGCAUCCCCUACGGUGUUGUCCAGGAUGACCCAAGCUUGGAGGUCCACCGGCGCGACCUCAUCACAGAAGCAGGACGCAAGCUGGACAAAGCCAUGAUGGUCAGAUUUGAUGAGAGGACGUCCUACUUCUCCUCCACUGACCUGGGUCGCAUUGCCAGCCAUUUCUACAUCAAGUACGACACAAUGGAGACAAUCAACGAGUUCUUCAAACCUCACAUGGCAGAACCAGAGGUGUUUAACAUAUUGGCCAAGUCCCAGGAGUUUGAACAAAUCAAGGUCCGUGAGGAUGAGAUGGAUGAGCUGGACAACCUGAUGUUCGAUGCCUGUGAGAUGCCAGUGGCAGGGGGGAAAGAAAAUCCCAACGGGAAAGUCAACAUCUUGCUACAGACAUACGUCUCCAGGCACGGACUGGAGUCUUUUCUCAUCUCUGACAUGUCAUAUGUUGCUCAGAAUGCCUCCAGGAUCAUGCGAGCUCUGUUUGAGAUGGCGCUGAAGAAGGGUUGGCCAGUGAUGGCAGGUCGGCUGUUGGCACUCAGCAAGGUGGUGGACAAGAGGCUGUGGGCACACGAACACCCACUGCGACAGUUCCCCAUUCUCUCCCAGGAAAUCCUCAACAAGAUUGAAGCCAGGAACCUUUACAUAGACCGACUGAAAGACAUGGAUGCCAAGGAAAUAGGCCACAUAGUCCACCACGUCAGGAUGGGGGCCAUCAUCAAGAGAUGUGUCAACCAGAUUCCUGCACUCAUUCUGGACGCAAGCAUACAACCAAUCACCCGCACUGUUCUCAGAGUGAGGCUCACCAUCACUGCUGACUUCAGCUGGGAUGAUAAGGUUCAUGGCAGCGUAACGGAGCCAUUCUGGGUGUGGGUGGAGGACCCUGACAAUAACCACAUCUACCAUUCUGACUACUUCCUGCUCCACAAGAAACAUGUUGUGAAGGAUGAACCCCAGAGCUUGGUGUUCACCAUACCGAUCUUCGAGCCGCUGCCAACCCAGUACUACAUAAGGGCAGUGUCAGACCGGUGGCUCGGGUCAGAGGCUGUCUUUCCCAUCUCCUUCCAACACCUCAUCCUGCCGGAGAGACAUCCUCCUCACACAGAGCUGCUCGACCUGCAGCCCCUGCCAGUGACAGCCCUGAAGAACCCCCAGUAUGAAGCCCUGUAUCGCUUCACUCACUUCAACCCCAUCCAGACCCAGAUAUUCCACACAGUGUACCACAAUGACUGCAACGUGUUGCUUGGGGCACCCACUGGUUCCGGGAAGACAGUUGCUGCUGAGUUGGCAAUAUUCCGGAUAUUCAACCAGUACCCCAAACAUAAGGCAGUGUAUAUUGCUCCUCUGAAGGCUCUGGUCCGAGAGAGGAUGGAUGAUUGGAAGGUCAGGAUAGAGCAGAAGCUGGGCAAGAAAGUGGUGGAGUUGACCGGAGAUGUAACACCAGACAUGCGAGCUGUGGCCAAUGCUGACCUGAUAGUGACAACACCGGAGAAAUGGGAUGGAGUGAGUCGGUCGUGGCAGACUCGGAGCUACGUCAAGUCUGUAGCCCUGCUGGUCAUCGAUGAAAUCCACCUGCUUGGUGAUGAUCGAGGUCCUGUUCUGGAGGUCAUUGUCUCUCGGACAAACUUCAUCUCCAGCACCACCAUGACCAAGGUUCGAGUUGUUGGCCUCUCCACAGCUCUGGCCAAUGCACGAGACCUUGCAGACUGGUUGGCCAUUAAACAGAUGGGUCUGUUCAACUUCCGUCCAUCUGUCCGUCCUGUUCCACUUGAGGUUCACAUCAAUGGUUUCCCAGGACAACACUACUGUCCCCGCAUGGCGACCAUGAACAAACCCACAUUCCAGGCUGUGAAGACCCACUCCCCUGAGAAGCCAGUGUUGGUGUUUGUGUCGUCCCGUCGCCAGACACGCCUCACUGCCCUUGAUCUCAUUGCCUUCCUUGCUGCCGAGGACAACCCUAAGCAGUGGCUGCACAUGGCUGAGAUGGAGAUGGAGAACAUCAUCAGUGGAGUCAAAGAGACAAAUUUAAAACUGACGUUGGCUUUUGGGAUCGGCAUCCAUCAUGCAGGGCUGGUUGAGAGAGAUCGCAAGAUCUGUGAGGAGCUCUUUGUGAAUCAGAAGAUACAGGUCCUCAUAGCAACCAGUACCUUAGCUUGGGGAGUCAACUUCCCUGCGCAUCUGGUGGUUGUCAAGGGAACCGAGUACUUUGAUGGGAAGACCUGCAGAUAUGUUGAUUUCCCCAUCACAGACGUCCUUCAGAUGAUGGGGCGAGCCGGCCGGCCGCAGUUUGAUGACCAGGGCAAGGCGGUCAUCUUGGUUCAUGACAUCAAGAAACAUUUCUACAAGAAGUUCCUCUAUGAACCAUUCCCUGUUGAAUCCAAUUUACUGGAAGUACUACCUGACCAUCUUAAUGCCGAGGUUGUUGCCGGGACGAUUGCAUCGAAACAGGAUGCCAUGGACUAUAUCACGUGGACGUACUUCUUCAGGAGGCUGGUGAUGAACCCAAGUUACUACAAGUUGGACAAUACAGAGCAGGACAUCAUCAACAAGUACCUGUCUGGUUUGGUAGAAAAGGCUCUGAUGGAACUAGAAUGUUCUUACUGUCUGCAGGUUGGCGAGGAUAACCGCAGUGUUACGCCGCUGACCCUGGGCCGCAUCUCCUCCUACUACUACCUGAACCACAACACUGUACGUAUGUUCUGUAAUGAACUCAAGGCUGAAUCAACACUGCCAGAGCUCUUGGAUAUUUUGUCGAAUGCCCACGAGUAUGCCGAGCUCCCAGUCCGCCAUAAUGAAGACCAGAUCAACAGUGACUUGGCCCAGAAGGUUCCCCUGGCAGUGAACCCUCACUCAUACGACUCGGCCCACACCAAGACCCACAUCCUGCUGCAGGCUCACUUCUCCCAGAUGCAGCUGCCGUCAACCGACUACUACACUGACACAAAGUCUGUGCUGGACCAAGCCAUUAGGAUCCUCCAGGCCAUGUUGGAUGUGUCGGCAGACCAGGGCUGGUUGGCAACAUCACUGCGGGUGAUUCAGUUGAUACAGAUGGUGGUGCAAGGUCGAUGGCUUGAGGACUCCACCCUUCUCACUCUCCCUAACAUCAUGCCCUACCACGUGUACUGUUUCAGGCCCCGAGGGGGAGGUGCCAGACAGAAAGGUUUCCCGGAGCUGCGAGGACCAAUCGAGACUCUCCCAGAGCUUGUGGCAGUUUGUGAUGGGAAGUUUGAGGCCCUGGCUGCCAUGUUGAGUGGUGAGAUGAACCAAACGGAGAUUGAUCAGGUGUACCUGGUAUUGAGUCGUCUGCCUCAAAUCAGUGUCUCCAUCACAGUCAAGGGAUUCUGGGAAGGGUCAAAGGGCAAGCAGGAGGAGAGAUUGGUCAAUCUAUCCGUUACAGGUGGGCGGCGGCAAGACUCGGACUGGAUCAAGGUCCAUGCUGACCAGGAAUAUGUCCUUCAGGUCGAACUGGCCAGAGUCAACAAGACCCGGAAGAAUGACAGCAAGGCGCACAGUCCACGGUUCCCGAAGCCCAAGGAUGAAGGCUGGGUUCUUGUGGUCGGCGAGGUGGAGACCAAGGAACUCAUCGCACUCAAGCGGAUGGGGUACGUGCGGAGUCGCUCCAAGGCCCAACUUGCUCUGUACACACCGGAGACGGUGGGACGUGUCAUCUACACCCUCUACCUGAUGAGUGACUCCUACCUUGGGCUUGACCAGCAGUACGACAUCUGCCUGGAUGUUGUGCCAUCCAACAUCGAGACACAGGUCAACACUGAGCUCAAGGAGGAACUGGAUGGUCUUGAGUUUGAUAGCUGAAAAUGUCUUUAUGAUUUGAUGACAUACAUCAAGUAUAAAGACUUGAAAGUAUGGUGUUUGGAAGUGAGAUGUAACAUUCCACGUGGCUGACAUCCUCUGCCAGGUGUUCGUCCUCGGUGGGAGGAUGUUCCACCACAAACAUUCACAGUGAAACCAUGCCACUUUUCAUAAUCGAUUCACCUUCAGAUGAGCUCUUUUCUUCUUCCUUUUUCUAGUUUUAUCUAUAAAUAUAUUCAUUCUGGGUUUUUGUUCAUAUAAAUGACAAAGGGUAACACUAUA